CUGCAAUCCACAUGCAGACACCACAAAAACAGUCGUAAGCUAGUAGUUUAUCAGAAACUGAUGCACUUUGACUUAGAAUUCAACAGGUCAACGGCUGGGGACUCAUAUAUAUAUAUAUAGGGUAAGCUACUGAUCGCUCUCGGCUGCUAUCAUUUCCAUUACGUUUCCGGCGAAGGAAAAAGGGAACAGUGAGAGUCUUCAUCAUGAACAAGCUACUAGCUAUUGCUGUGCUUGUUGCUGUGAUCUCCUACGAUGCUGAGUGCUUACGUAUCAUAAGAGAAGUUACGGAGGAGACUGAGGCAACAGUUGCUGACACACUCUGGUCCUACUGGGACAACACGUUCCAGACUGCUAAUGGCUGGAUGGAGCAAGUCAAGGGCUGGAAACUAGAUGAAAAGGCCAAGGACAUGUAUGAUGACACCACCAAAGCUGUGACCACCUAUGGAGCCAUCUUGCAGGACCAGGUGUACCACCUCUUCUACACCCAUUAACAUCUGCUUGCACAGCGUGUACCACAGCCACCCUCCUCCCUUUCAGACACCCAACACAUCCAUUCCUGGACAGCUACCAGAGGACAUUACACAUUGGACAAGAACAUGUGUCUAAGGUUCAUGCCCCUCAGUACCCAAGACACUCAUAUUAAACAUGCUGACCUUUCAUAACCUCCAGCCAUGACUGAGUGACACAAUAACACUGACCCUAUAUCAGCGUGAGAGUAAUAGUAAUAGUUGCCACAGUACUAAAUACUCCAUGUCUCAGUAAAGGGUACUCAUGUACAAUGCAAUCAACAUAAAUGUAGCAGAAAAUUGUGAAUUGCUUCUGACAUUGUUGUGCAAAACAUGCUGUUCAUCUGAGAUCUAUAAAAAGAAUUGCUUUGGUUAAUUUCUAACAAAGCGCAUUUAUAGAAAUAAAUCAGUGUAUUUGUAUAAAGUAUUGUCUUAUGCACCAUGAAAAUUAUUUACUGGAAAUUUAAGAAAAUACUUCUAUAAUUAAUUGACUAAACUAUGCAAUAAAAGAAGAGACAUUUUUGUUUACAAUCA